UACGUUUAUAUUUAAUAUCCCCUUAAUUAGGACAGCCUAUUUACCCAAUUUUAGGCAACCAUAGUCCGCAAGUGAGAAGCUUGUGAGACCAAACACACAAGAACAUACCCUACCAUUAUGGCUCAUUUGCACCCGAGAAAAAAGAAAAAGAAAAAAACACCCUUUUAACAAAACGGGCAGAAUGGGAAAGAGAGGUUUUCUCAAUGAUGCUGAAACCAUUUUUCAGCUUGAUCGAAGGUAGAACAUGCUCCAAUCGUCGACACGUGACCACAAGACGUUCAUGCCAUUUCCAACCGUUGGAUUGUUAUUUCCUGUUCCCAAAAAGUGUUGGUCACGAAAGAUGAAAUUAAAAGACUUAUGGGUUCAAGUAUGGCUCGGCAUUCUUCCGGUGUUCGGUGGGACAGUUGUUAUGUUACUAUUUUAUCUAUUACUUGAUUUUCUUAGAAGAAGAAACCAACAAAAUAGAAAAAUUAGCAAAAGUAAAAUUAGCGAUGCUUCAGACAAAAUUAGUGUAAAAGAUGGUGAAGGUGGAGUUGUUGUUAUAGCAGGUCUUGAUAGUGUUUUAUCCACUUCCGGUGAUGGUGGUGGCGAUGGCAGAGGUCGCCGUGGUUGUAGUUGAAGUUGCAACACCUUGCCGGUGUCGGUCCCAACCAUUUUAUCGAUCAAACUCAUCAAAGUAUAGAAGAAAACAAACAAGGGUUUAAACAUAUUCAAUGUAUAAGAGGAUGAUAUAACCAAAGAGGAAGUUAUUUAAUUUCUUUAUUUUUAGAAUAAUCAGCAUAGAAAUUUCUUAUGUUAUUUAUUAAUUGUAAAUUUGUAAUACUUCGUAAUUUUCUUUACUAUUGACCUAUUUUUUUUUUUUU